AUGUCGACUCCUCAGACUCUCACGUUUUCAUCGGGUCUCCGAAUGCUCUCACUGUCCCACUACAAAGUCAACUCUACACCUCCCUCAACCGCUGUUUUAAAUUCCUGGAAUGAUGUCUUUAGAGGAAUCGUAGGAAAACCGGGCUGGAUAUAUGACGACGAGAGUGUCACAAUUGGAGAAGGCGGUGGAGUAGUUAUGAUCUUGGGGGGUCAUCUUCGUAAAGAAAGGGUUAGACAUCAAGUGUCCCGCGAAGAAAAAACAAGUACUGAUGGGACUAAUCGAACCAAGGGUGAUUGGAGCUUAGAAAUUGAAAUUGAGAAAAUCGCGAUUUUGAGGGAUCGCAUUGAUGAGAGCGAUGAAGAGUAG